AUGAAAUAAUUACAAUUUAGAAGAUUAUUGUCUUUGAUUCCUGAUAGAUAACAAUCUCCUACUCAUAAUAAAUUAUUUGAUAUUGAUUUAACUAUUCAAUAACCUAAGAUUAAACCAAAAUAACUUUUAAUUUAAGAAUUACCUUUGUUUUUGAAUCAACAACAUAUCUCAAUAUUACCUUUUGUUCCUUAAAGAAUUAAAACAGAAGUAUAUAAAAAAAUUCAAUAAAAUGGUACUAAACUAUCAAAAAGUGAAGAUGAAAGAUACAAUACAAUUGAUGUAGUUAGAUCCAAAUCUCGUAAAACUAAUGAAAUUCGGAAAAUUUCUUUAACUAACUCUUAUUAAACUCAAUUACAAUAAAAAAAAGUUAGAAAACUCAAAUACUCUUAUGAAACUAGAAAAAGAUAAAAUAGUCUCAAUAAAUUUAAUUUUGAAGCUCAUUUUUACUUAUUUGUUGAUGCUAAUCCAAAUUUAAAUAUUAAUAAAAUUAGAAUAAAUAAAUAAAUAAUUUUCUAAAAGUUAGUAUAAAAAUAUGGAAUUGCUAUGACUUAAAAAAUAAUUAAUUUUUUUGAAAUUCCUUAAUACAUUGAUUUUUUAUCUUGGAAAUCUUUAGUAUAGAAACUAUUAUCUAUUAAUUAAGAAUAAAUUAUGGUUUUUAUAUAUCGUCUAAUUCAUAACCAUCGUCAUUUAUCAUCAACUGAAUUAUUUUAAUUAGGAUUAACUACUUAAAGUGAGGCCAUUUAGAAAGAUAUUAGAACUAUCUUAAAAUAUAUUAAAUAAUCAUUAAAUACUGAAAGUAUUGAUAAUGAAGAAAUUGAGUAUUUAAGAAAAUCAUCAAUUUUUAAAGACAAUCUUACUUUGACUAGCCUUCUAACUUGGACAGAAAUAUAUUAAAUUGAUGUAACUUUUAAUUUAAUUAUUUUAAGCAAUCUAAGUGUCUUAAAUAAACAAAAGGAUUAAAUUAUAGAAAAUCUGUACCAAUAGAAUAAUUUAUUAGUAUUUAUAUGAUAGAUGAAAAAGAAUAAAAUAUUAAUUCUAAUGCUAUAAUUUCUAAAUAUCCAAAUAAAUAUGAACUAAAUGAGCCUUUUUCUAUAAAUUUUCCAAUAUUUAGACGAAUCUUUUAGAAUUAAUAAAUUCAUUUAUGGAAUGAAAUUUAUUCUUUUUUUACAGGGCAAACUUGUUGA